AUGAUCUUAACCGACGCUCCCACAGCUCACGCAGCUGCUCAGCUCUGCGCCAGUCCCAACGGCUGCUUGUCGAAUGUAAAACGUCGUGAUCUAUUUCGUUAUGUGCGUUGGCUUAUGUGGGGUGCUGCAAUUCGUCCAAUACCCUUCGAAAACCAUCUGCCAAGGCGUUUAGGCAACUACAGUGCAAUAAUCAAUGUUAUUUUAGAAAUAUUUCUGCUCUUAACGGUUAUUCAUAUAUUCGUGCUGUUCAUCUUGACGCUGUACCUCAAUUACGGGAGUGGUGAUUUAGAAUUCUUCAUUGGUUGCUCCAUACAAUCGAUGUUGUACUUCUGGGCUAUCAUCAUCAAGAUUAUCUUUCGUCGUGUACGACCCGAACUUGUAAGGGAUAUUAUGGAUUAUGUAAAUGAGAAAUAUAUCGUACAUUCAGCAGUUGGCUUUACUUAUGUGACCAUGAACGAGUGCUUGGAGCAAGCGGAGAGAGGUAUAAAAUAUUUCGUACUCUCGUCUUUAGUGGCCGUGAUAUUUUGGCUCUUUCAACCGGUGGUCUAUGAGGAGCGUACGCUGCCGUUACCUUGUUGGUAUCCUUUUGAUUAUAAGGCACCCUUUAUUUAUCCGCUGGCUUACUUUCUACAAGUCAUAGCCCAACUACAAUUAGCCCUCACAUUUGUCACCAACAGUAUUUAUUUCACCGUACUUUGUUUCCUGCUCUGCGGCCAAUUUGAUGUUCUCAAUUGCAGUUUGAAGAAUAUUCUCGCAACGACCUACAUUUUAAUGGGCGCUAGCAGAAAAGACUUGAUUGAAUUACGUGAACACCAGUGCAACGCAGACGACGAGAUCAAUCAAUAUUUCGUGGCAGAAGAAUUGCACAUCAACCUCGAUUGCAUACCACACGUAUUAACUCCAGCAACCACAGCAGGGACGAUGAAUUUUCGGGAUGCUUUCCAUUGCGCAUUAGGCCAGUGUGUUGAUCAUCACAUUUUUAUCCUGAAUGCUCUGCGUAAAACUGAGAAACUCUUUAGUAUGGUGUGGUUUUUCAAGACUCUCGAAGUAACCUUCGCUAUUUGUACAAUUGCCUUCGACGUUGUAAAGUCCACGGAUGAUAAAUCUUUCCUGCAAGUACUCUCCUUGGGUCAAUAUAUGAUUUUGGUCCUCUGGGAGAUGUUCAUGAUUUGCUAUGGUGGCGAGAUCGUCUAUAUAAAUAGUCAACGCUGUGACUUGGCUCUUCUGCGCAGUCCCUGGUAUUUGCAUUCACGCGAAAUGCGCGCUGAAAUUCUAUUCUUUUUGUUGCAUGCCCAACGUGCUUUUGCUCUGACGGGUGGGAAAUUUUAUCCACUAAAGUUAGAAAAGUUUCAGGCGAUUCUUACAACAUCUUUUUCGUUCUACACUCUGCUGCAGAAUAUGGAUCAACGUAAUUGA